GACUUGGCAAUGAGAGAUACUUUUCCUAGAGCUACUAGGAGAGUUUGCUGCCAACACUUGUACAUGAAUUGCAAAAACAAUGGAUUUAGUGGAUCUGCUUUCUUCAAACUGUUUUGGAUAGCUGCAAAUGCACACAAUGAGUAUGUGUAUGGUAAAGCAUUAGAGAAGAUCACUGCUCAUGAUCCAAAUGCUGCUGCAUACUUGGACACAUGCCAGGAGCAGUGGUCCAGGCAUAUGUUUGACCCUGCUGUUUGUUGUGAUCACAACACAACAAACUUUGUGGAGUCAUUCAAUGCAUGCACAAAACCAUACAGAGACAUGCCUGUAUUCUCAUUGUUGGAAGCAAUCAGAAAGUGGUGUAUGGAGAGGGUUGGGGCAAGAUUUGACAUGGCAAUUGAUAUGGAGGAUGGUUAGUUGACUGAGUAUGCCAAGAAAGAGGUGGAUGAAAGAACAGGAGAGUCUAGGUUCUGCUAUGCUACAGCCUGUGGUGGGGGGGAAUUCGAGGUCAGAGAUGCACAUGUGAACUUCCCCAUCAGGUUAUCAACUAGAAGCUGUGGGUGUGGGAAGUGGCAAAUUUCUGGAAUCCCCUGCAAGCAUGCACUCAGGGUGAUUUAUGACCAAAGGCUGAACCCCAUUGAUUUUGUCUCCCCAUUCUUCAAGUCUGCUGCAUACAAGCUUACAUAUGCAGACCAUAUUCACCCCAUGUCAGACCCAACACAGUGGCCUAACUUUUCUCUCCCUACCAUUCAGCCUCCAGUCAUCAAAAGACAAGCUGGCAGACCUGCUAAGAAGAGAAAGAGAGGACCAAAUGAACCCAGGAAGGGGAAGAGGAACAGCAAUGUGAAAUGUGGAAAGUGCAGGGAGUUUGGUCAUAACUCAAGGACAUGUAAGAAUGGAGGACCAAGCACUGGACCAAGCACUUCAGCAG